AAGCUCUCCUGUGUCAGGGUGGCGUGGAGGCGCUGGGCUGGUGGCAGGGGAGGCAGCAGAGCGGGCUGGGAGUGACAGAGCUCUUCCUUUGUCCCUGCCCUGUGCCCAGGCAAAGCCGAGGAUCCCAGGGGCCCAGGGUCACCCGACUGCCCUCCCUGCGCGUCCUCAUGGAGGCCAUCAGCUUCUCGCGUCCUGGGGUGACUGCUGAGACAGUGAGGAAGCUGAUUUUGGCGGACGCUGAGGCCAAGCAAUACCCCAUCCAGGUCCCCGCAACCAGUGAAGAGGGACUUGGCCACUCAGCGGAGCUGCAUUCAGAAGACCAUGGUGACGAGGCAGUGGAAUGUCAGGUGGAGUGCCAGAAGAGUCACCUUCUGCACACAUCACCCUCGCCACUCACCACUGAGGCAGCAAUAGGCAGACAUGUGGCUGCGCAAGCAGGACAGAGAGAGGUAUCUCACUUUGACCUGCAAGUCGAGCCAUUGCUCCAAGCACUGCUUCACGUAACUCUGGAGCAAGCUUCCCUGGAAGUUACGGUCGAAGAAGAGCUGGCCUACCGGUGGGCCCAGCAGUGCACAUACCUACACCAGUAUAAUGCCGAGCUGGCCGAGCGCCGAGAAGAACAGGAAAGGCGCUACAGAGAGGAGGAGGAGUGUGGCCGGCACCGGUACAUGCAAGGGCAGCAGCAACAGGAGGAGGCGACGCAGAAAACUGCUGCUCGGGCGUUUGCUCAGUGUUACUUGGCAGAUCCCACCCCGUCGCUCUUGAUCAGUCUUCUUGAGAGUGGGGACUUCUGUAACCAGCCAGAGACAGAUAUUGAGACAGAAUUCCUUCCCUGGUGGACAGCAGAAGCGGAAGAAGCACUGGAGACGAGGCUCCUGGGGAAGGCAGGGCUUGACUCUAACUUAAGCCAAGUAACUCGAACUAGCUCCCAAGACCCUAUGGCUCAUCCUUAGUU